AUUUUUAAUUUAAUUUAAUUUUAAAAAAAAAUUCUCAAAUCAUCGACGUCCGUUAUUAUUUUGUUGUUAAUAUAAACCGAAAAUUGUGACCGAAUUUAAACGAAACGAAACGAAAAAAUGGCAACAAACGUAAUGAAAAAUACAUAUUCAUUAUUUGGUUUAAUAGAAUUACCUGAUUAUCGUUAUACAAAUUAUCAUAUAAUAAAUGAAAGUCAUUCAUGGAAUACUGAUGUAACAAAAUUUGCUGGUUUUCAAAAUUCAUUUGCAUUUGAACGUGCAUUCGUACCGAUCGGUAAUUGGGUACAAUUACAAACACAAUUAUAUUGGUCAUAUUGUUUUCCAAUAUCAAUAGCAUAUGUUUUAAUAAUUUUUGGUAUUAAACAUUUAAUGCAUAAUCGUCAGGCAUUUAAUCUUCGGAAAUUAUUAAUGUUAUGGAAUUUAUUUUUGGCCAUAUUUUCAAUAUUGGGUACAUAUCGUUGUUUACCUGAAUUUAUACAUAUAAUACAAACUGAUGGUAUUCGUGCAUCAUAUACAAAAUCAACUUAUUAUGCUGAUUAUCGUCUAUCCGUAUGGUAUCUAUUUUUUACCGUAAGCAAAGCAUUUGAAUUAAUCGAUACAAUGUUUAUUGUAUUACGUAAAUCCAAAUUAAUACCAUUACAUUGGAUACAUCAUAUAUUGACAUUAAAUUUUUCAUGGUUUGUAUUUACGGAUGUACCAGCCACUGCAAGAUGGAUGGUUUGUAUGAAUUUUUUCGUACAUUCAUUAAUGUAUACAUAUUAUGCAUUGAAAGCAUUAAAAUUUCAAAUACCUCGACAAAUAAAUGUAACAAUAACAACAUUACAAGUAACACAAAUGUUUGCAGGACUUUAUAUUAAUUAUGAUUGUUUACGACGAAAAUUAAUGGGCUAUCCAGUUGAUACAUCAUAUUCAGUUGUAUUAACUGGUGUUACAUUAUAUGGUUUGUUUGCCAUAUUAUUUAUGAAUUUUUUUAUUCGUACAUAUUUAUUACCAACAAAACCAAUACAAAUUCUAAGCGAUAUUAAUCAUAAUCAUUAUAAAGGUGUUGUUAAAAAAUGUCAAUAAUCGACCAAUCAAUCAAUCGAUCAACGAUCAAUCAACGAUCAAUAACUUUUUUUUUUGCUUUCAACAUACGACAUACCUUAUCUCUUUCGUACACACACACACACACUUUUUUAAUUAUAUAAAUAUAUUUUCCAUAUUGAUAUUUUGAUUCUUUUUUUUCAAAAAAAAUGUAAUUGUAAAACAUUUUUACACAUUGACAGUACACACACUGAAUAAUUAACUUUCAAUGUACGAAAAAACAAAUAUAUUUUGAUUUUAUAAUUCUUAUUCUUGAC